CCCGCCCCUCCUCUCUGCUCCGCCCCGCCUCCGGCCUCUCCUCUCCGGCUCCGCUCUCAGGCGCUCGCUCAGCAGCUGGGCAUCCGCGCUUCUCGGCCAUGGAGAUCCCUGGGAGUCUAUGCAAGAAAGUCAAGCUGAGCAAUAACGCGCAGAACUGGGGGAUGCAGAGAGCAACUAAUGUCACCUAUCAAGCCCACCAUGUUAGCAGGAACAAGAGAGGUCAGGUGGUGGGGACCAGAGGUGGCUUUCGUGGCUGCACAGUUUGGCUGACAGGACUGUCUGGGGCCGGGAAGACGACCGUGAGCAUGGCACUGGAGGAAUACCUGGUCUGCCAUGGCAUUCCAUGCUACACUUUGGAUGGUGACAACAUCCGUCAGGGUCUCAAUAAAAACCUCGGCUUCAGUCCUGAGGACAGAGAAGAGAAUGUUCGACGCAUUGCGGAGGUGGCGAAGCUGUUUGCCGAUGCCGGCUUAGUGUGCAUCACAAGCUUUAUCUCCCCUUACACGCAGGUGUGCAACUUUAUCUCCCCUUACACGCAGGAUCGCAACAAUGCCAGGCAGAUUCACGAGGGUGCAAGCUUACCUUUCUUUGAAGUUUUUGUUGAUGCUCCUCUGCAUGUUUGUGAACAGAGGGAUGUCAAGGGUCUCUACAAGAAAGCACGGGCAGGAGAAAUAAAAGGCUUUACUGGAAUCGAUUCUGAGUAUGAAAAACCAGAGGCCCCGGAGCUGGUGCUGAAAACGGACUCCUGUGACGUCAACGACUGUGUCCAGCAAGUUGUGGAGCUUCUCCAGGAACGGGAUAUUGUCCCCGUGGAUGCCUCCUAUGAAGUGAAGGAAUUGUAUGUGCCGGAGAAUAAACUGCAUUUGGCAAAAACUGAUGCAGAAGCCUUACCAGCACUGAAAAUCAGUAAAGUGGAUAUGCAGUGGGUGCAGGUUUUGGCAGAAGGUUGGGCGACUCCUCUGAAUGGCUUCAUGAGAGAGAGGGAAUACUUGCAGUGCCUUCAUUUUGAUUGUCUUCUGGAUGGAGGUGUCAUCAACUUGUCAGUGCCUAUAGUUCUGACAGCUACGCAUGAGGACAAAGAGAGGCUGGAUGGCUGUACAGCCUUCGCUCUGAUGUAUGAGGGCCGCCGGGUAGCCAUUCUUCGAAAUCCGGAGUUUUUCGAGCACCGGAAAGAGGAGCGUUGUGCCAGACAGUGGGGAACAACAUGCAAGAACCACCCCUACAUUAAGAUGGUUAUGGAACAAGGGGAUUGGCUGAUUGGAGGAGAUCUUCAAGUCCUCGACCGAAUUUACUGGAAUGAUGGUCUUGAUCAGUAUCGUCUUACUCCUACUGAGCUCAAGCAGAAGUUUAAAGAUAUGAAUGCUGAUGCUGUCUUUGCAUUUCAGUUGCGCAACCCAGUGCACAACGGACAUGCUCUGCUAAUGCAGGACACCCACAAGCAGCUUCUGGAGAGGGGCUACCGGCGCCCCGUCCUGCUCCUCCAUCCUCUUGGUGGCUGGACGAAGGAUGAUGAUGUCCCUUUGAUGUGGCGUAUGAAGCAGCAUGCUGCAGUGCUGGAGGAGGGGAUCUUGAACCCGGAAACAACAGUGGUGGCCAUCUUUCCUUCUCCUAUGAUGUAUGCUGGGCCAACCGAGGUCCAGUGGCAUUGCAGAGCGCGGAUGGUGGCAGGAGCCAAUUUUUAUAUUGUUGGCCGAGACCCUGCUGGCAUGCCUCAUCCAGAGACAGGGAAGGACCUCUAUGAGCCAACACACGGUGCCAAAGUGCUGACGAUGGCCCCUGGCCUGAUCACCCUGGAAAUAGUUCCCUUCCGAGUUGCAGCUUACAACAAGAAAAAGAAGCGGAUGGACUACUAUGACUCUGAGCACCAUGAAGAUUUUGAAUUUAUUUCAGGAACACGGAUGCGCAAACUGGCACGUGAAGGUCAGAAGCCUCCAGAAGGCUUCAUGGCUCCCAAGGCCUGGACUGUGUUGGUGGAGUACUACAAGUCCUUAGAGAAAGUGUAGCCAUUCUGCCUGGGAUGCAAGGCUGAGUGACAGAGGGGACCACACAGUCACCGACAGCAUUUCUCUGUGGUUGUGUCCGUCUGAACACACUUCCUGAAAACAGAGCAUUUUUCUCCGUGUGCAUCAGUUUUGGUCUGCCUUUGAAUUCUGUUUCAAACUAGUGUAACGCAUCUCUGUUCUUAAUGUGUCUUUUCCACUUCCUGUUAAUAUUCUUAUAAUACGAUUUUAAAAAUCUUGCCUUUUUAUAUUGUAUUUAUGCUUGUGUCUUAGGAUUUUCCAAGCUGAUUUAUUAGUUAUAACCAGUAAUACUCACAUCAUCUAGCUUUCUUUAAGCAGCGGGGGUAGGGGAUCACUAAACUUGGCUAGACCUUGUUUGGGUAUUUUACAAAAUAUCUGUAGCAAUUAGUUUUUUUUUUUUUCAUUAAAAAUGUAAACUGCUCCCUCUCUUGCAACCCAACAUGUUGAGGUAUUCUUGCAAUUUGUGUUAAGUGCUGAAUGAAUGCCUUGAUUCAAUAAAAUUGAUUUUUGGGGGGCUUCUUA